CGUGCGCUCGCGCCCCGCCUUUGUCUCCGGGGCUCGCGCCGCCGCAGCCCUGCGCCCGCCGCUCCGGGGGCCGCGGGCCGGGCGCCGGCGGGCGCGGCCUCGGCAUGGACUUGACGGUGUCCGAGCUCAUGGAGCUCUUCCUGCAGAGCCCGCUGGUGACCUGGGUGAAAACUUUUGGGUCUUUCGGGAACGACCACCAGGACAACCUGAGCAUGUACAUGGAUCUAGCGGACGGCAUCGUUUUGAACCAAAUCAUGUUGCAAAUCGACCCCAGGCCCACGAACCCCCGCAUCAACAAGCAUGUCAACAACGACGUGACCCUGCGCAUCCAGAACCUGACCAUCCUGGUGAGAAAUAUCAAGACCUACUACCAGGAAGUCCUCCAGCAGCUGAUCGUCAUGAAUCUGCCCAAUGUCUUGAUGAUCGGCAAAGACCCGCUGUCUGGGAAGAGCAUGGACGAGAUCAAGAAGGUGCUGCUGCUGGUGCUGGGCUGUGCCGUGCAGUGCGAGAGGAAGGAGGAGUUCAUCGAGAGGAUCAAGCAGCUGGACAUCGAGACGCAGGCGGGCAUCGUGGCCCACAUCCAGGAGGUGACCCAAAACCAGGAGAACGUGUUCGACCUUCAGUGGCUAGAACUCCCCGAUGUGGCCCCCGAGGAACUGGAGGCCCUGUCGAGGAACAUGGUGUUUCACCUCCGGAGGCUCAUCGAUGAGCGGGACGAGUGCACGGAGAUGAUUGUGGACCUGACGCAGGAGCGGGAUUACCUGCAGGCACAUCACCCGCCCAGCCCCCUCCAGCCGCCCAGUGCCGAGUCCACGCCCAGCCCCAGCAGCCUGUCCAGCGAGGAGAAGCAGCACCUGGCCGUGGAGCUGGCCGACACCAAGGCCAGACUGCGCCGUGCCCGGCAGGAGCUGGAGGAGAAGACGGAGCAGCUCGUGGACACCAGGCACGAGGUGGACCAGCUAGUGCUGGAACUGCAGAAAAUCAAGCAGGAGAAUGUGCAGCUGUCGUCCGAGGCGCGGUCGGCCCGGACCUACCGCGAUGAGCUGGAUGCGACGCGGGAAAAGGCGGCCCGUGUGGAGCGGCUGGAACUGGAACUUGGCCGCUGCCGGGAGCGGCUGCGUGACGUGGACUUCUACCGGGCCCGCAUGGAGGAGCUUCGGGAAGACAACAUCAUCUUGAUCGAGACCAAAGCGAUGCUGGAGGAGCAGCUGACGGCGGCCCGGGCCCGCAGCGACAAGGUCCACGAGCUGGAGAAGGACAACCUGCAGCUCAAGUCCAAGCUGCACGACCUGGAGCUGGACCGGGACUCGGACAAGAAGCGGAUUGAGGACUUGCUGGAGGAGAACAUGGUCCUGGAGAUGGCCCAGAAGCAGAGCAUGAACGAGUCGGCGCACCUGGGCUGGGAGCUGGAGCAGCUGUCCAAGAGCGCGGACCUGUCCGACACCUCCAGGAAGUCGUUCGUGUUCGAGCUAAACGAGUGCGCGUCCAGCCGCAUCCUGAGGCUGGAGAAGGAGAACCAGGCUCUUCAGAGCACCGUGCGGGGGCUGCGGGACGCCGCACUGGCCCUGGAGGAGAGUGGCCUCAAGUGUGGGGAGUUGGAGAAGGACAACCAGCAGCUCAGCAAGAAGGUGGAGAAGCUGCAGAACCAGCUGGAGAGGGAGAAGCAGAGCAACCAGGACCUGGAGACGCUGAGCGAGGAGCUCAUCAAGGAGAAGGAGCAGCUGCAGAGCGGCCUGGAGGCCCUGAGGGCCGAGCAGGCCCGGCAGGUCAAGGACCUGGAGCAGGAAAAGGACCAGCUCAACCAGACAGUGUGGUCGAUGCGCCAGGGGGCCGCGGCCCAGGACGGAGAGAAGGAGGCCAAGGCCCUCCAGCAGGCACUGUUGGCGGCGCGCAACCAGCUGGGGCGGCUGGAGGACGAGAAGCAGCUGCUCCAGGAGGAGCUGGCACAGGAGAAGGAGAAGGGCGAGCGGGCGGGCGCGCUGGAGACGCAGCUGCGGCAGCUGGAGGCGGAGAAGGCGGCGCUGGCCACCGAGGCGAGCUCCCUGCGCGCAUCCUCGGAGCGGGCGGCCGCGCUGGAGCACGAGAGCCGGGGCCUGGCGCUGGAGAACCGGCAGCUGCGCAAGUCCCUGGACACGCUGCAGAACGUGUCGGUGCAGCUGCAGGAGCUGGAGCGCGCCCACAAGCAGCUGGACGGCGAGAACGCGGAGCUGCGGCAGAUGGUGGAGAGCCUGCGCUUCGCGGGCGCGCAGGUGGCGCGCGUGGAGCGGGAGAACCAGGAGCUGGUGCGGGAGCGCGACGGGCUGCGGCAGAGCGUGGAGCGGCUCAAGGCGCGCAGCCGCGAGGCCGAGCACCUGCAGCGCAGCCUGGAGGACGCCCGCGCCGACAACCUGCGGCUGCAGCAGGGCCUGGACGCGGGCGCGCACCGGGCGCAGGAGCUCGAGCGGCAGCUCCGCGAGCGGGACGUGGAGACGCAGGUGCUGCGGCCGGCGCAGCAGCAGCUGGUGCGGGCCGGGGCCGAGCGCCUGGCGCUCGAGCAGGAGGUGGCGCAGCUGGAGAAGGACAAGAAGCUGCUGGAGAAGGAGAACCGGCGGCUGUGGCAGCAGGUGGAGCUCAAGGACGCCGUGCUGGACGACAACGCCGCCAAGCUGUCCGCCGCCGAGCGGGACUGCCGCGCGCUGGACAAGGAGCUGGCCCGCUGCCGGGACGCCGCCGACAGGCUCCGGGAGCUGGAGCAGGACAACCGGACCCUCAGCCAGCAGGUCACGGUCCAUAGCCGGACGCUGGCCACGCUGAGGGAUGACCUGGUGCAGGAGAAGUUGCGCAGUCAGCAGUUGAGCGGUGAGCUGGACAAGCUGAUCCAGGAGCUGGAGAAGUCGGGCCAGGGCAGCGCCAGGGAGAAGUGGGCGCAGCGCGACACGAACUGCCAGGCUCUGGAUGUCCAGAACGAGUCGGCAGUGAACAGCUCACUGGCCAGGAGAGAGGAGAAGAUCGUGUCCCUCGAGGCCCAGGUGGAGGAGAAGGUCAGCCUGAACCAGCAGCUCGAGAGCGAGCUGCAGGCGGUGCGCAAGGAGUGCCAACUGCUGCGACAGCACUGGCAGGAGGGUGCGGUGGCGGCCGCGCACCAGGAGGCCACCAUGGAGCUGCUGCGCGUCAAGGAUCGAGCCAUUGAGCUGGAGCGCAGCAACGCGGCCCUGCAGGCGGAGAAGCAGCUGCUGAAGGAGCAGGCGCAGCAGCGGGAGGCGCAGGGCGCGGUGCUGAACGCGCAGAUGCGGGCGCUGCAGGAGCACAACGCGGCGUUGCAGACGCAGACGGCGCAGCUGCAGGUGGAGAAUUCCACCCUGAGCUCGCAGAGCGCCGCGCUGGCCGCCCAGUACGCGCUGCUGCAGAGCCAGCAGGCGGCCAAGGAGACGCAGGCGGAGGCCGAGCAGAGGCAGCAGGAGCGCCUGGCGGCCGCCCACGAGGCACUGCAGCAGGACCACGAGCACCUGGGCGCCCUGCACGAGCGCCAGUCGGCCGAGUACGAGGCGCUCAUCCGCCAGCACAGCUGCCUCAAGGCGCUGCACCGCAGCCUGGAGCUGGAGCACAGGGAGCUGCAGGACAGGCACGGGGCGGCCCUGAAGCACGAGGCCCGGCUGGAGGAGCUGGAGGCUGCACUGCAGCGGGAGCAGCAGAGCAGCGCGGCCACCGCCAGCGAGAAGCAGAGGCUGCAGGCAGAGCUGGACCGGGUCACUUGCCUGCACCAGCAGCUGCAGGGGGAGCAUGAGGAGCUGCGGGUGCACACCAAGGAGCUCAAGACGGCCCUGAACACGUCGCAGCUGGAGCUGAACCGCUGGCAGGCACGCUUCGACCAGCUCAAGGAGCAGCACCAGAGCAUGGACCUCUCCCUGACCAAGUUGGACACCCACCGCGAGCUGCUCGCCCGGCUCAAAGGGAACUUGGAAGAGGAGAACCAACACCUCCUGGGCCAGAUCCAGCUGCUGACCCAGCAGAACCAGAUGCUUCUGGAGCAGAACCUGGAGAGCAAGGAGCAGUACCACGAGGAGCAGAAGCAGUACAUAGACAAACUCAACGCCUUACGGAGACACAAGGAAAAGCUGGAAGAAAAAAUCAUGGAUCAGUACAAGUUCUACGACCCCUCUCCAAAGAAGAAGAACCACUGGAUCGGGGCCAAAGCCUUAGUCAAGCUCAUCAAACCAAAGAAGGAAGGGGGGAGGGAGCGAGCCAAGCCGCCCUCCGACAGCACCCCCUGUCCACUGGAGUCCCCCGACCUCACCUCCCCGUGUGGCCCUCAGUCGCCCAGGGCACAGCUGGAGACCGCUGAGAGCCCCACUAGCCCGAACUGCGCCGAAGAACGAAACCCCCAGAACAGGGCGAUGUGGAAAGGCCCCGGAGACCCCAAACCCAAGCGGGCUUCCCCACACAGCGCCAGCCUUGACCGCCCCGAGGUCCCCACCGAGCUGGCCACGAGGACCUGGCCCGUGGGACCUGGCUCUCGGAGCUGCCCUGCCUCCACCACCACCUCACCCCCCUCCGGUUGCAUCCCCGGACCCUGGCAGCCAGGCCGCUACAAAGGCUCUAACUCAGACGACAGCCUGUGCGACCCAUCGCUCGAGCUGGAAUUCAUCAACCACAGGCACUUGGGUUCCUCUGAGCCGCCCCACGGCAGGUCCAGGUCCGAGAGUUUCAGCAGUGAAGACCUGAUCCCCAGCCGGGACACGGGCACGCUCCCCCGGGACACCAGCACCCCGUCCCGGCCCGCCCGCGGCCGCCCCCAGCAGACCCUGCCCUGGAACGGGCCCCCCGCCCUGGAAGGCCCGCAGAAGAGGGGCACGGCCCCAGGGCAGCCCAGCCCAGCACGAGUCUCACCCAGCAGCGAGAUGGUCACCCUGGAGGAGUUCCUGGAGGAGAGCAACCGGGCGGCUCCCACCUUGGACACCCCCGGCUGCCAGGAGGACCUGCUUGGUGACUACUUCCGAAGGGCUCACGACGGCCCUGCCGCAGGGGGCCAGCGGGGCCCACCGCCCCGGAGGGACGGUGCCAAGAUGCCCACCAGCCUGGUGGCCCCCACCCCCAAGGCAGCCCCCGCCGGGCCCUCGGAGGGGAGGCUGCAGAAGCCGGGGCAGUGCGUGAAGCCGAACGUGCGGCCCCCGGAGGCCGAGGUGCCCCCCUCUGCCCAGUCCAGGCCGGCCCAGCACCCCCAGAGUUUGACCCUGGGCCGGGCCCGGCCAACCCCCCGACCCCCGGCCGCGGCAGGCCGGAGCAAGUCCCUGAGCCGGGCCUUCAGCCUGGCCUCGGCCGACCUGCUCCGGGCCCUGGGGCCUGAGCCUGGCCCACCCGAACCGCCCCUGAGGCCGGAGGGACCCCGAGACACCGGAGGGGCCCAGAGCCUGGCCCGGGAGCGGACUCCCCAGGGGCGGGCAGGGGGCGCAUGCCCGAGUCCCCGCAGCCGACCGCCGGACACGAGACGCUUCUCUCUGGCCCCCCCCAAGGAGGAGCGCCCGGCCACUCUGCCGCCCUCGGCCACGGCCCCCGCCCUGGCCACCAGGACUCGGACCCCAGCACCCGUGCACGCGGGGGACGUCGCUACGGUGGCCCCGGUGCGCGCUGACGGUGAUCGGGGCCCCAGCGAGGGGCUCCCGGCGCAGAGGCCCCCCGAGGACCUGGGCCGCGAGGGCAGCGCUCGCAGCAUCCCUGCAUCCCCGGAGCCGGGCGGGGACCCCCAGACCGUGUGGUAUGAGUACGGCUGCGUGUGA